AUGGCAGUGCAGGGUGCUAGCGGAGGAGGCCAUGAUGACCACCAUGAAGCCCCCAAUCAUAGGCGUGGCAAGAAACGAUACCACCGGUACACUAAUGAGCAGAUUCAGCUUCUCGAGGCAACGUUCAACGAAUGUCCUCACCCAGAUGAAAAAAUGAGGUUACAAUUGAGCCAGGAGUUGGGUUUGACUCCUCGACAGAUCAAGUUUUGGUUUCAAAAUCGCAGAACUCAGAUGAAGAUUUACGCUUAUAACAGUUGUUUUGCUUUUGCUGUUAGAACUGCUUUUCUUUUCGACUGGUUUAAUUCAUGUGAAACUGAUGAGAUGGUGCAGGCAAAAAGCGAAAUGGCGGAUACUUCUUUGCUAAAGGUGGAGAACGAUAAAAUUCACAGCGAAAACGUUACGAUUAAAGAGUCUUUAAAUAAUGUGAUAUGCUUAACUUGUGGUACAGCUCCUAGUGUUCAAGCUGAUUGUCAUGAAAAACAAAGACUUCGUUAUGAAAAUGCUCAGUUAAAAGAGGAGUUGCAGAGAGUAUCCAGCAUUGUUUCACACUAUAUAGGGCGACCAUUAGCAUCUCAAUUUUCACUGGCUCACAUGGAACAAAGCCACUUAUCUUCAUCAGAUUUAUCAAUGGUUACUUAUGUUGGUGCUACACAACAAAGAAUGAUACCCAAUGAUAGUGAUGGUCCUUCACUUGACCUUGAUCUUCUAACCUCUAAUGACAUUAGAGCUUCAGCUAGUAGCACCAUUCAUCCGAGCUACACUUUGCGCCUUUUGGGCAUGCACAAGUCUCUAAUUGCUGAUAUCGCGACUAGUGCUCUAGAUGAGUUGAUGACGCUAUUCCAAACUAAUGAGCCUUUUUGGACCAAGUCAGCUGAUGGGAGGGAUGUUCUAGAUAUCGAUAAUUAUAAGCGGAUAUUCCCUAAACCAAACGCUUCCAUGAAGAACCAUAAUCUAUGGACUGAAGCAUCACGUGCUACGGCUGGUGUGAUGAUGGAUAGUAUGCAACUUGUGGAAAUGUUUAGCGAUUCGGUUAAGUAUCUUUCUUUCUUUAUGCUACAUUUCCUUGAUCUAUUUCCAUUUGUGUUUAUAUUAUUUACUAACCAUAAUGGAGCUUUACUUGAUCAGACUAAAUGGGGUGAUUUGUUUCCAACUAUUGUGUUAAAAGCAAGAACUCUUGAAGUGAUCUCAUCUGGUUCGUUUGGCAACAAAAGUGGCUCCUUGCAACUGAUGUAUGAAGAGUUGCAGGUGGCUUCACCGGUGGUGCCAAUAAGGCAAUUCAUUUUCUUUCGGUUUUGUCAACAAAUCGAUCAAAAAACUUGGGCAGUUGUUGAUUUUUCAUAUCAUCUUCCACAAGAUGGUAACUUGCCUUAUUCUCAAUUCAAUUCUCGACGCCUUCCUUCUGGAUGUUUGAUCCAAAGCCUGCCUAACGGAUACUCAAAGGUUACUUGGAUUGAACUUGUGGAAAUCGAAGAGAAAACAGCGGUUCAUAGACUUUACAGAGAUCUUAUCUACAGUGGAUUAGCAUUUGGAGCCGAACGAUGGGUUGCUUGUCUUCAAAGAUCAUGUGAACGAAUUGCUUGUCAAUCAAUGACUAAUUCUUGGAUUUGUAAACUAGUAGGAGUGAUUCCAUCAGCCGAAGGUAAGAAAAGCAUGAUGAAUCUCGCACAAAGAAUGGUGAACAACUUUUGUGCGAUUAUUAGUCCUUCUGAUGAUCAUCAAUGGUCAUGUGUCUCGGAUUUUGAUGACUUUGAGAUCCAUGCCAACCUUUACAAGUCUACAGACUCUGUUCAUCCGAACACCACAGUUCUUAGUGCAGCUGCCACUGUUUGGCUACCACAUUCUCCCCAGUUUGUCUUUGAUUUCCUUCGAGAUGAAAAGAAUCGCCCCAAGUGGGACGUGCUCACGAACAACAAACCUGUCCAAGAGGUUACACGUAUUGCAAACAGGGCUCACCCUGGCAAUUGCAUAUCUGUUCUUCAGGUUACAAAUACCAGAGAUACCAACAUCUUGAUCCUACAAGAGAGCUGCACUGACAAAUCAGGAUCACUAGUGGUGUACUACCCGGUUGACUUGCCUGCUAUCAAUAUGGCCAUGAAUGGGGAAGAAGUUUGUGUUCCAUUGUUGCCAUCAGGCUUUGUCAUCACCACAGAUGGACGCAACAGGAGCACCAUGUCAACGAGCACGAAGGAGGGUUGUAGUGCAGGAUCAACAGGUUCACUUGUUACAUUGGUGUUACAGAUGGUGGUUAGCAGUCUGCCAGGGGAGACACUAGGGGCACAGUCGGUGGCCACCAUUAGCAACUUAAUAGGAGGCACAGUUCGAAAAAUUAAAGCUGCCAUGAAUUGA